AUGAAUCCUAGGUUCGUUGCCCAAGAACUGAAGCAGUCCUGUUUUUCCUUCAAGAAAACAGUUGAUAAUUCCAAAAUUCAAGGCGCGGCCACGAACAACCAUGAAAGUCACAAAAGCACUCUCAAUUGUCCUCUGUUGGCCCCGGGUGUUCUUACGCAAGAUCGAAAGAUUGCAAGGCCCACCACCCACUGUCUGUGGUCAUUUAAAAGUUAUCUGAAAUCAUGGCACAAUUACAGCAUAUUCUAG